AACAAAAUCACGUGACCAGUAAUGAGGAAGUCAGCUCAGAGGGGUAGAAUCAUGUGAAAGCAGACAACUUCUGCUUUACUUUAGUUUUUUGGGGGGGCUUCAACAUGUCUCAUCUUGAGCUCGGUUUGUGUUUAUUUCUGUUGCUGUUUCUUCACGUCGUUGCGCAGUUCAGGAGUCACGGACAGCAGGAGUGGCCCGUACCCUACAGGCGGUUUGAUAAUCGGCCUGCUGUGGAUUCCUAUUGUGAAGCUAUCUACCCGUUCUGCCCCACCGGAGACCGAGAUGGACGCAUUCCCUACAUGAGAGACAGCGACGUCAUUUCAGUUUACAGACUCCAGACACCAGUGUGGGAAUUCAAGUACGGAGAUUUGUUGGGGAAAUUCCACAUCAUGCAUGAUGCCAUUGGCUUCAGUAGUUUAGAAACAGGAGCCAACUACACCAUGGAGUGGUACGAGCUGUUUCAGCUGGGCAACUGCACCUUUCCUCACCUCAGACCGGAGCAGUUUGCUCCUUUCUGGUGCAACCAGGGAGCUGCCUGUUUCUUCGAAGGCAUUGACGACUUGCACUGGUUGCAGAAUGGCACUCUGGAGAAAAUAGGAGAACUAACUGGGAACCAGUUCAAUGAUAUGGCCCAGUGGGUGCAGGACGACAACAAGACUGGGAUCUACUAUGAGACAUGGACAGUUCGCUCUGACCCCAAACCCAACGCGACAGUGUGGUUUGAGUCCUAUGAUUGCUCCCAGUUCGUACACCGCACAUACAGGAAGCUGACAGAGCUGGGAGCCAAACUGUCCAGCAGGUCCCAGACCAACUACACCAAGAUCUACCUGUACAGCGGAGAGCCCACAUUCCUCGGCAAUGACAGCACCAUAUUCGGACAGCCUGCUCUGAAAAACCUGGCACUGGACAUCCGCAACUUUUACCACCCUUUCAGGCCGCAUCAAUCAUUCACAUCCCUUGCCAUCAGCCUGCUGGAGGCUUUUGAGAAGGUUGUGUUGGACAAAAGCUUCUACCUCUACUACAAUUUUGAGUACUGGCAUCUGCCAAUGAAACCUCCAUAUGUGCAGAUUACAUAUGAAGAGGUGCCUCUGCCUUAAUCCACGGGAACACUUUAAUUUUUGUUUUUAUUUUAUUAAGCAAUUAACCAAAAAAAAAAAAAAAACCACAGCACUGAUGAUGGUAAUGAUCUUGUCGGCCCCUUACGAAAAAGGAUUGGAGCUGGCCCGGCUCUCCUGAUGUCUGAUAAAUGUAAGAAACUCCUUUUUGUUUUCCUAAUAUUUUAAUUGACAAGCGUCACCUUUAACUUUUCAUUCUUUACAUUCAUGUUUGCUUGUAGUCUUCCUCUUUCCUACCUUUGUUGGGAGUUUUGCUGCAAACUGACCUUUUUUUGUGUGUGUGUGUGUUUUUAUUAUUUAUUAAAAAUUGUCAUUCUUUAUAGUUUACAAAUUCCCCAAGUUUUUUUUUUUUCCUAAUCCUAAUCUGGAUCCAUCAGAUUUCAUGGACGGAGGUAGGAAGUCUGAUUAUUCUAUAUUCUCACAUAUGGUUGGUUUUCCGUUACCUGCAGCACAGUUUAGGUCAGCUCAGGUGUUCUUAUAAUGCCAAUACUACUAACACAGGAUCAUCUGACUAAGUAAUCUAGAAAAUUGUUCUCAGAUGAUUUGCAUUUCUGCUCAGGAUCCAUAUUUUCAGAGAUCUUUUUUUAGCUCAUAUUUGUCUAUAAAAAUGUUCUGGAAUCA